AUGGCGGACAGGAUCACACAGUUGCAAGAUGCUUUGAAUCAGGUUAUUUUACUUUUUAUGAUUCUCCUAUAGAGGAAAUAGUUGAAGUAACAUAAAAUUUGCGAAUUUUGGUUUUCAUACGUCAUGUGGAAUACAAAUCAUCGUCUUUGCUGCUUUUAUUCUCGUCUUCAAAGUAAAGUAAAUCUUAUGGUAUUUUUUUUGCGAUGUUUUCUAGCUUGCAGAUCAAUUUUGUAACAGUGUCGGCAUAUUACAACAGACAGCUCAACCUGGAAACGUUUUUUCAGGUUUUGAAAAGAGUAAGUUUUCUCUUCUGGAUAUUAGAAUUGCAUUGAGAUGUAGGAUUGCAGAAAAUCCAUGAAGUUUCUAAUUUGAAAGAACGAGGCAUGCUGUUUAGUAAAGAGAUUUUUUAAAAUUUGUAGUGAAUGGGUUAAUUGAUAGGACAAUGGGACGUACAGUAGAUUAUAUGCCCUCCAAGGUUAAAGCUAUUUUUUGCUAGAACCUCUUGUUAUUUAUUACCAAUUGCUGAAACUUUUGCAGGCAAAGGGAAGUUUAAAUUCCUUGCAUGCCUCUGUAAGUUAAAUGUUUAAAUGCGUCAGUAACUGAAACACAAUUUUGCUCUUGAGGUUAGUCAGUCAUCUGAGGCCAUUCCAAUUCCCAAACCUGUCAGAUGCCUAUUAAGAUUUCAUAUGUAUCUUACUUAUUUAGUCAUUUUAGUCCAAACCCUGGGUGAAAUUCUUGUCAUCCCUCUUAGAUUUAUUACCCAAAACAGAAAAAAAUAAAUUUUGGAAGUGGAGAGGUGGAAAAAACUCACAGUUAAUGACACACAGUAUGGACCCAAAACUCUGUCAGUAAGGGAUAUUUAUUUUCAUUUUAUUUUCAGAUGGUGACAGUGGUGAUGUGACACAGGAAGGUUGGUUAGACUUAACCCUUUCACCCCUAAGAGUGACUAACAUCUAAAUGUCUCCUCAUAAAGGUCACAAGAAUAAAAGAAAUGAUCACCAACUCCUCUUGAUUUUUCAAAUUCAACUCAGUGCCUUUUUGAUGAACAGUAUGGAGAAAAGCAUCAUGAUCAUGUUCUGUCAAUUUUUUAAAUUUUGAAACAAUCUCUGUAUAUUUUUUCCAAUUCAACCCAGUUUUUUACUCUAAGGAAAAGUCAUGUCAUGUUCUGUCAAAUGUUUAGUUUGACAAUCAUUAAAGUUUCCAGUAAGCCAAGAUUUCUCAUGGAAGCAUUUAUGCCAUCUCCCACUAUUUAGUGUCUCAGCCUUGCUACUCAUUUUGAUCAUAAGAAAAAUUAUUUUACAUUCUGUUGAAGUUUAAGUUUACAAUCUUUCAAGUUUCCAAAAGCUAAGAUUUCUCAGGGGAAGUAAGUGUAUUGUGUCUCCCACUGCCUCUCAUUUUGAUCAUUCCCCUUGCCAAAUUGUGUUUUGUUGAGAAAAAGAAUACCAGCUGCAAAACCUUCUAAAGAGCAAGGUAUCUCAAUCCAUAAACAGCCAAAAUUACCUUCUUUUAAUGAUUGAAUAAUGUGAAAAAGGGACAAUGGUUUGCUUUUAGGACAUGCUGCUUUGUUUGCCACUCUUAUUGCAAGAACUGCAAAGGACAUUGAUUUCCUAAUUGAAUCUCUACCAAGUGAGGAGUGUUCACCAGAGCUUCAAGUAAGAUCAGUGUGUUUUUUAAUUGUUUGUUUGCACGUAUUCUUCUUCUUUAAGCUGUAGCUUAAAAAUACUGUUAACAGUACAAGUCAGCAUCAGCAAAUGAAAAUGUUACUUUAACUUUUUGUUUCAGACAUUUUGUGACUAACCUGUAACCCUUAAACUUCCAUAAGUGACCAAGACAAAACUUCUCCUUACAAUAUCAAACAACAUUAAGCUAGCAAGUAAUGAGACUAACAAAAAAUUUAAAGUUCAUCACUUGUGCUACACUUGUAUACAUUUUUGUUUGUUUGUUUGUUUGUUUUACUUAUUUAAAAUGAUUAAAAAAUUAUGGACAACACAGGCAGCAAGCUUGCACAAGUUGGAAGCUGAAAGUAGCGCAGCUGGUAGGAAACUGGAAGAGGCUGUAGCAAGAGGAGGUGAGAAGCCUUUACUGUCUAUUAGAGGGAUUUUCCAUUUUGUGUCAUGAAGAAAGAUAGUAAUCAAAACAAAUGGGCUGUUGAGUGUUGGGGAAGAUUUGAUGAACAACUGAUUGGCUGGGUUUGAAAAUGUUGUAAUCAAUUAUUUACAUUAGUGGGUUGUUUGGAUCUCAUCGUCUGAGUGGCCCUGGUCUCAUAGAAUGCACUGCAAAAUGUUGUGACUUAGCUCCCAGACUCUUAACCCUCUACACCCCAACAUCAGUGUGGAUAUUCUCCAUACUGUCCUCUGUACAUUUCCUAAAGUGCUGACAAGGAGAAUUUGUUUAACAGUCAAGCCCUCUUGUGGUUGGUAAUCAUAUCCUUUAUUCUCAUAACUUCUGCGCUCAAUUCAGCUGUAAUUUUGUAAGGAGUAAUUAGAUGCCAGUCCCUCUUGGGAUUAUUGGGUUAAUACUCUUUUUUUUUUUCCUCUUAAGAAAAACUGUUAGAGCUCAUCCAACAAGCCCUGACUGACAUUGCAGAAUCAAGGCUGCGCACGAAGUGACCAAUGGCCUGUUUCAAUCAGGGUUGGUCUUGGAGGACCGAAUAGUGUCAAGGAAUUCCAUAGCCGGCGGAAGUUCCAGGGCAUUACAGUCACUGUUUGCCGAUAUUGAAGAAGAAUGCCACAUGGAUUACCUUCGUGAUAUGCACCAAGGACCAAGAGAGCAUUUCUGGCAAAAAUUGACAUUGGUUUUUAAUGGACGAGUGCGUGAAAGCGAAAAGUGUAUUCAUAGAGAGGACAAUACUAGUUCUAGGUGAUAACAAGGGUGGCAAGGAAUCAGGACGAUAAAUCAAUAAACAUUAAUCAGAAAGAACUGAGAAGCAAUCUAAUUCAUUAAGCAUGAAAGCGCAGCUAUUGAAAUGGAAUGUAGUGCCAACAUAACGUGAAUAAACAGGA